CAGAGGAUCAGUUAGUGCCGCGGAGCACCGGAGUCAGCAACACAGACAGAGAGAGAGAAAGAGAGUGACAGAGGGGGGGGGGAAGAGCUGGACUAAGACAGACGAACUAACUGGAGGCGUGUGAGAGAGAAAGGAGGAGAGAAAAUAGGUGUGUGGACGGGAGCAGAGGAAGAGCGUAGAAAGGAGUGGAGAGUGAAAAAGAGAUGGAUGGAAGAAGCUGCUACACCUUUCUUCUCUCAUCCAAUAAAGAACUGAAUCACAUGUUUUCAUUAAUGACCCAGAGGUAUGAGGACCAAUCGUCAGACUGAGUGCUGACGUCAUACCAGUGACAGAGGCAGAAUUGGGACCACCAUGGAUUCUAUGGCAAAUGAGCAACAGUACUCUCACACACUGUAACUCAUAUUCUCUCUGUAUACCUCUCUCUCUCUCUCUCUCUCUCUCUUUCUCUCUCUCUCUCUUUCAAAAACACUCUUCACACUUGGAUAAAACAGAGACCAGUAACUCAUCUCUCCACUCAGAUAUAAGACUGCCUCUCACAACUGUGAUGUCACAGAGUGGCUCCUCCUCUUCCAGCUCCUCUGGGGGCUGAGCCAAUUGGCUGGGGCUAUGGGUAGAAGGGUGGCUGAUCCGACAAAUCCAGUGCCUGCGCUGGGGGUGCCCCUGGCGGGGGGGCGAUGGGGUCCGCUGUGCAGCGUGGGGGUGCAGACCUCCCCUGGCCUUAGGACCCUCCCGUCAAUCAAACUCAAACAACCAACCAGCAUGCAGCACCCAGAGACAAGGCGGAGUAACAACCAUGUCACCACGGUAAUGAACAUGCCCUCGGAAACAGUUUUUUCUUGUAAUUCGUGCAGCAGUGGCGGCAGCGGUGGAUUUGCCGUUUCCAAGGAGACGAGUCAGAAUGCGAUCAAUAGUCUGACACAGGACGACAUGGGGUCACAGGGGUCAGGGGGCGGGGUCUACUGUCAGAUCAAAACCAUAAGGACCAAUCCCAGGGAGUCUGGUCACAGGUCCAGCGGGAAACGGACGUCUCGAUACACCAAUGGGAGUGUGGUUGCCCCUGAGGUGGUGGGUGGGGUAUGUACUGAGGGUGCCGAGUGGAACGAGCCAAUCAGAGAGAGGAGGAGGGUCCAGUCUCUGAGAGGGGAGGAGUCUCGCCCUGUGCUGAGGUCAGGGAGUGUGUCUCAGUCUGUGAGCUCUCACGUCACGCCUCCAAGACCCUGUAGAAUGAUGACAUCAUCAUCGCCCCGUCUCUGUGGAACCUGCGGGCGUAGACAGUCCCAGGCCCCACCCACUUGCAUGGCAACUGCAUGCCGCAGGCGAGCGGCCAAUAAGACCACAGAGAGCCAGACCCUCCCGAAUCCUCCCAGGAAACAGUCCGUACUCCUCAACCAGAACCGGAAAGACUCCCCUGUACUGAACACACACACACACACACCACCAACCCCGCACAAAGCUGUGAAGAACACUCAAACACAAACUCAGACAUUGCCCUCUCCACACACAACCCAAAAGACACACACGCUCACAAAAGAUUCACCUGUGCCCACAUGCUCCAACACUAAGGAUACACAACACACACAUACAGACCCAGAACCCAGUUUACCCAGGUUACAUCAGAAAGAAACACACACACAGACAGCAGACACACACUCACACACCGCAGAGAAACACACAUCUAGGCCAAAUAAAUCCACAAAUAAUAUUCCAGCUACACAGCCUUUUCCAGACAAAAACACAGAGACGUCAUCUGACAACCAACACACACCACCAAACUCAUCUACACAAGUCACCCCCAAGCCACCACCCCCAGUCCUCCUCAUAGGCAAAAAAUCCUCGGCCUCUGCACUUCUCCCACCUAAAACCUCCCCCAACCUCUACCACACUGUCCAGUUGAACCCAAAACCAGCACCCCCUGUCCUUCAGACCCAACCCAAACAUACACCCCUCACCCCCUCCCUGCUCUCCAUAAUACCACCAGCACAACCAAUCAAAAUAGAAGACUCCAAAACCCCUGGCCAAUCAAAAGAUGCAAAUGCUCUGCAUGCUGCCCAUGUGGCCCCACAAUGCAAUGGGGCACCAGGAGGUCUGGCGGGGUUACCAGGAGGGGUACAGGGGUGUGUGUCGGGGGGCCUCCACGGGCGUCUUCACAGCGUGGAAGAGAGUCUGCUCUCCAACCAGGAGAAGAUCAAAGUCCUCCUCAACGUUAUCCAAGACCUGGAGAAAAGCAAGGCCCUCAGCGAAGGGCGCUGCUCUUACAGAACUGGGCAGGAUAUCAACAACUGCCCCACCUGUCAGAAGACUGCCUGUAUCAUAUACAGUGUGGAGCAUGACUUCAGACAGCAAGAGGGGAGGUUCCAGCCAGUGAUGGAAACUCUAGAUGGGGUUUACGAUGUCCCCCUCCCUGUCCCCAAACCUCCCCCCUCCCGCCCCAGCACCAAGGCCCGCGUCAAGAAGCUACGCAAGAAGUGUUUCUGGUGGCUGUAGAUACACAUCCGUCGCCGGGGGGGUACAGUCGCCAUGGAGAAGUUGCGGGCUGCUGUUACCAAAGGGAUUGGACAGGUGUGGGUCGAUGGACCAUGGCGACUGUUCCUGUGUCUUUGAUGUUGCUAUAGGAACUGUACAGCUAUUAUGGUAUCUGAGCUACAGAGAUGCUACACCUGAGAAACAGUUGGAGUGUGGAUAACAUGGAGAACAAUACGUUACCAUGGGCAACUCUAUGAGGUGUGGACCAACUGAUAGAGUUCAAGUCUUGGGAUCACUGGUUACUGGAUUUUGACGAGACACUAAACUGAGUGACUUUGUCCCCGACCAACAGAGUUACUGUGCUACUGUGCUAGGUUGGACACAUAAGGGACACGGUUUAAGAGUGUCUAGUGGUGACUCUGUUAGGUCAAAGGUCCCAGUGCUUGAACAUAGAUGAGCACCUAUUCACAUUCCACUACGUACAGAGUGACCAGCCCAUCUACAAUCCCUUCAGAGAGUGACAGGCCACGUAACCAAUCAACACACGCUUUCACCAGGUUUCUCCCGCAAUACGCAAAACAAAAAAGUUACUGAGUCAUACUCAGCACAAACAAUAUACACACACAGUAUAGCACUAAACACAUCACUUACACACACAGACAGACACACGCGCGCACACACACACACACACACACACACACACACACACACACACACACACACACACACACACACACACACACACACACACA